AUGGGAACCGCGCCUGGCGCUGGCGCCGCAGCGGUGCGUGAGCUCGAGGUUGGCGGGCUGACCUUUGACGCGGCGUUCGACUCGGGCAAUUGCGCCCGCGUCGAACGCCUCGGGGAGCACGAGUUUGGCAUCUGGACGGCGCCCGACUGCGUUGGCACGAGCUGCGAGACAAACAACCGCACGUGGUUCCACUUUUCAGUCAGCCACGCCACGGCCGGACGCGUGCUCACGUUUGUGGUGCACAACAUGAACUCGCAAAACAGGCUCUUCAAGCACGGCAUGCGGCCCGUAUGGCGCGCGCUCCCCUCGCGCCCGCAGUGGGAGAGGGUCCUUCACCCUGUUGUCGCAGCCGGCACCAAGGCGGAGGACAACUUCACCAUUCGGUUCCGACACACGAUCGAGUCGAGCGAGACCCACUUCUUUGCCCUCUGCUACCCGCAGCCCUACGCCGAGACCUGCAGCCGGCUCGCACACCUCGAUGCUCUCUUUGGCCUGCCGCCGGCUUCAGCCGAGAUCAUGCCUCCGUCGCGACUCGGUGGAGGCGACACGGCUGGCGAGUGCGACGCCUUGCCGCGCACGCCACAGAAGUGCGAGGGAUUGGAGGAGGAGACGCGCAAAGGCGGAGGCGUAGGUGUUCUGACAGCAGCGGACGGGUUGGUGGAGGAGGCCAGCGUCCGCUGCGCCUCGCACGGGCUGCCUUGCCGCCGCCCGCCUGGCGUCUACUACAUGCGCGAACUACUCGUCCGGUCGCUCGGCGGACGGCGCGUCGACCUGCUCACCCUGAGCGGGUCCGACGGCAUGCUCGAGGAGGAGGAGGAGCGACUGGAGGGCCUCUUCCCAGAGGGACGGCCGCGGCCGAGGCUGUUUCGCGACAAGAAGGUUGUCUUCGUCUCGGCGCGUGUCCACCCUGGCGAGGUGCCUGCUUCGCACGUCUUCGACGGGGUGCUCUCCUUCCUGCUGCGCGAGGCGGACCCGCGUGCCCGGAGGCUGCGAGAGGCCUUCGUGUUCAAGCUCUGCCAGUGUGCGCACCCAGUGUUGCGCAACCGCAAGAGACCGUAA